AUCUCGAGCGCUGGGGGAUCGCGCGCUGCCCAGCCCUAAAGAUGGCGUCUUCGACUGUGGAGGAGGACGAGAGCUUGAAGGGAUGUGAAUUUUACGUCCAGAAGCACAACAUCCAGCAAAUCCUGAAGGAAUGCAUCGUGAGCCUUUGCUUAGCGAAGCCCGACCGCCCGAUGAAGUUCCUGAAAGAGCAUUUUGAGAAGCUGGAGAAGGAUGAAUACAAACAAAUUUUCACUCACCAGAAGUCCAGUUCUCAGUCAGAUUCGCACGAUGAUGAAAUUUCACCACCACCUCCAAAUCCUGUGGUGAAGGCCAGACAUAGAAGAGGUGGUGUAAGUGCAGAAGUAUAUACUGAAGAAGAUGCAGUGUCUUAUGUUCGAAAGGUUAUACCAAAGGAUUACAAGACUAUGACUGCACUGGCAAAAGCAAUCUCUAAGAAUGUUCUUUUUUCUCACCUUGAUGAUAAUGAACGAAGUGAUAUCUUUGAUGCCAUGUUUUCAGUAACCCAUAUUGCAGAAGAAACUGUGAUUCAGCAAGGUGACGAGGGUGACAACUUCUAUGUAAUCGACCAGGGAGAAGUUGAUGUCUUUGUAAAUGGAGAAUGGGUUACUAACAUUGGAGAAGGGGGCAGUUUUGGAGAGCUUGCUCUGAUCUAUGGCACACCAAGAGCAGCAACUGUCAAGGCCAAGACGGACCUCAAGCUGUGGGGAAUUGACAGGGACAGCUACAGGCGAAUUCUAAUGGGUAGCACACUGAGGAAACGGAAGAUGUAUGAGGAAUUCCUGAGCAAAGUCUCCAUUUUGGAAUCAUUGGAUAAAUGGGAGCGUUUGACAGUAGCUGAUGCUUUGGAACCUGUCCAGUUUGAAGAUGGGGAGAAAAUUGUGGUGCAGGGCGAGCCGGGCGAUGACUUCUUCAUUAUCACAGAGGGAAGUGCUUCUGUUCUGCAGCGGAGAUCUCGCAACGAAGAAUAUGUGGAGGUUGGAAGACUAGCAUCCUCAGAUUAUUUUGGUGAAAUUGCCCUGCUGCUGAAUCGGCCACGAGCUGCGACAGUGGUUGCACGUGGUCCGUUGAAAUGUGUGAAGCUCGACCGGCCACGCUUUGAACGAGUUCUUGGUCCCUGCUCAGAAAUUCUCAAGAGGAACAUCCAACGAUAUAACAGUUUCAUUUCUCUAACUGUUUGAAAUUUUGGUUUGGAUCACUGCCUUUGUGCUGCCUUGUGCACUUAAAUUGAUCUGUGUUGUUGCGUAGCUUUAUGGAAAUGAGUUGCGUAUUACACGUGCGUUUAUGUAAGUAACAUCAGAAGCACUGGAAACAGAUUUCUAACCAGUAAUGGAAAAACCAUCAGAAACAGGUAGUCCAAGUGUAGGAAGGGCUAUAUGUUGAAUGACUAAUAAAAAGUUGUGUAUUUUGUCGGUGACGU